AUGGUUGCAGAGCUUCUACGUGUUUCCAGGCGACGUACUUGCCAGCCGCAUCGAAGCAGCAGAAGGACGGCGAAGGAACAGAGCGCCCUAGAUGACUUCAUGGCAUCUUCCGUACGGGUGAGCCGGAAGAUGUACACGCACGACUUGAGGUACAUGGUGUGCAGCGUCGGGCAUCGGCUCACGCACCUAUUCGUCACGUCGCCGCCUGCGGCCAUCGCUGCACCACCUCGUCUCGCUUUGGGACGGCAGCUCGCGCAUCCAAGCAGGAUGCUGCGGCCUGUUUCCUCGUCACGAUCGUCCUGCUAG